ACCAACCUGCCCGAAAGCGAGAGCCCCGAAGCAUUACAGCGCCUCAUCCGCUGCUCCAUCAUGGGCGCGCCCGACGCCGACAAGCGGGGCUUGCCACGUGUGUUGGACUCACUCGAGGUGUCGUGCAGCACGCGCCACAACAUCCGUCUAUUAGCAGACAUCAUCUACUCCGUGGCCUUCAGCGUCAAACCGCCAGGCAGCAAGGAGCCCCUACUAGAACAACUAGUCCCCGCGUCGUACCUAGCUCUAGAGGAAUGCGUGACAAGUCUCGCUCAAGAGCUGAAGGAACCCGUACUGCGUCAUCACGACUACAAGCGGCUGGUGAGCCAGUACAUGCAGUCCAAGAACCUGCGCGGCUUCCGCGACGAGGCCGAGCUGCACCAAGCGACCAUGUUUCUGCACGAGAACGGCGUGCUACUGCACUACGACGACGCAACCCUCANAACACUCGAGGAGCUAUACUGCCUGCGGCCGCAGUGGCUGUGCGACCUGUUGUAG